GCGCUCGAAAUAGCCUGCAGCCAGGCCGUCAUGGACCACACGGCGGGGACGCGGCUCUUCCAAGCCACAGUCACCUACCUCCGUAGCCAGCCCAUGCUCACAGAGAAGGAGGUCCAGGACCUCCUCAUGCUCAAAGAGUACGUCGACCGAAUACACCGGUUCUACCGGCGGCGAGGCAGCACCACAGGCAGCUCCAAGGCCAGCUUCAUCACGGGCAGUCUCCGGCCCAUGCGCCGCCGGUCCGUCGGGUCGUCCGUCUCGAGCAUGAAUGGGCUCAUGCCGACGCGGGCGGGUACUGAGGGCGGGCUCACGACAGCGACCAUCAAGGGCAUCCUCGCAGCCGUCGACCCGUACAUUGAGCUCACCGAGUACGACAUCAACACGUCUGUCUUUGAAAAGAUCUUUGGCUCCACGGUCGCCUACUACUGGUCGCUCUACAAGCCGGGCGCGGGGCGCAUCGCGGUCCUUGCCGUCGCGUGGCUCGUCUUUUACAGCACGCCGCUCGAGACAAUGGUGCUCCCGGCCAUGUCCCUUCUAAUCACGCGGCUUAUUGCGACUGGCUGCAUUGGCUGGCUCGUGCUCUACUUUUGGUCCCAGCUCAACUGGCGCAUGACGCUCGAAGCACUGAGCUACUUUGACGCGUGGUUCUUCGUCACGCACGCCGUGCUCUACGCUGGCGCGUACGCGGCACUCUGUGCGUUUGAUCACGUCACGAUUGCGUUCAACGUCAUGGGCGUCCUCGGCUUCUCGGCCAUCAUUGCCUACGACGCGUACCCGCUCUACUCGCGCCGCACCGCGCGCUACGUGCUCGUGAUCAUCCUCCUCAUCAUGAUUGGCAUCAUGCUGCAGAUGGGCCGCCGGUCCAACUUUUUAAACCGCGACCUGUACCUCGACAUCUCGCACGGCUUGGUCAAUACGACGUGCGCGGUUCGCGUCAACGACACGGUUGUGCCGUGCGAGGCGUACUUGACGUGGGGCUUCAACGUCUACGACUUUGCCUUUCAGCGGCUUCAGAUCCUCGCCAUCUACAUGACGCGGAAUACGUACUGGGCGUUUCGCGCGCCGCGCUACUGCGUCAUCAUCAAGUCGCGCGUCGCGUUGGAGGAAGUACCUGUUCACGCCAUCUCGGUGAGCCAAGUGAGCACGGGCAUGGACGUGUACCGGCGCAACUCGCUCGUGCGGACAUCGCUGGCGCAAAUGUCGUCGGGACCGGAGACCUCGACGAUGCUCUCGCCCACCGAUGCGAUUUUACCGCCAAUGAACGAAGCCUCCGAAGCGCGCCUUUCGACGCGCCGCAUGUCGGCGUCGUCGUCAAUCAAGGUCGCGCCCAUGAUGGGGCUCAUCAAGAACAAGACGUUCCGCCUCUCGGUGCCCAAGCAACUCGAACGCACCAGCUCCAACCGGCUCAUGAGUUCCAACCGGUUUCUGGGCUCGAGCCGCCACAUGGGCUCGGUGCUCCAGCGCAUCAUCCCUGAAGGUGAUUGGACCGAUGACGAUCGCCACGACCGCCACGACUCCACAACAACCAAGCUCCAGCCGGUGGCGCCCAUUCCGCAAGUCAACGUACCCCCCAACUUGCCCGAGUCACCACCACCCGUCGCGACGCUGUCGACCAAGAGUUUACCGCCUGCACGCUCCGGGCCGCACUCGUUUCGAGGCAUGCCGCCCGAGUUGGCCGACUUAUGAAUCGAGUGUAAUGGCUGUCGUCUCAAUCGUGCUUGGG